AUGACCAACCCCAAGUCUGUCGCAAACCGCAUCGCUGUCAUGAAGAAGAAGUACGGCUUGCCCCUCGCUACCAGCACGUCCAAAGCUGCUGCCAGAGUGGGUGAUCUCGUCGACGGCAACAACGAUGCCGCCAUUGGCACCCAAGCUUCCCCUGUCAAGCGUACCCCCAAGAAGAACGCAGCUCGCAAAGCCCCAUACAAGAUUGCCAAGCGCGAGGAAACCCUCGUUCAGAGACUUUCCGACGACAAUGUCGACGGGGACCGUCAGUCGGCCAUAGACACGGAUGAAAUGGAGAAGAUGGUCUUUGGUAACCCUGAUGAUGAAGAGAAUGACGGCGACCAAGACAGUAUGGCAGUUAUGGUCCACGGCAACCACGACAUUGUCUGA